UUCUCCGUCCGUGCCUCCGGCCACUCGCAUCGGACCCAUCUCGCCCAUCCACCGCCACCGCCGCGCGUCGACCAUGAAGGACCCCUUCGAGGCGGCAGUCGAGGAGCAGGACUCGCCGCCGGAGUCGCCGGCGCCGCCGGAGGAGGAGGCCGGCGCAGCGGGCCCCGCGGAAGACCCCGAGGACUACGACGGCGGCGGCCCGCGCGCCCCGCCGCCGCGGCAGCCGGCGGCCCCGGCGUCGCUCGCCGCGGCCGCGGCCAAGGCCAAGGGCCGGGUCCAGAGGGAGCAGCAGGAGGAUGAGGACGAUGAGGAGGACCAGAUGGAGGUCGACCUCGAGAAGCUCCCCACCAGCACCGGCGACCCCGACAAGCUCGCCAAGAUGAAUGCUAUACUGUCCCAAUUUACGGAAGAGCAGAUGAACCGUUAUGAGUCAUUCCGAAGAUCGGGAUUUCAAAAAUCAAACAUGAAAAGGCUAUUGACAAGCAUCACUGGAAGUCAAAAGAUUUCUAUCCCUACAUCAAUUGUGGUAUCAGGGAUAGCAAAAAUGUUUGUUGGGGAGCUAAUUGAAACAGCCAGGAUAGUGAUGACUGAGAGGAAGGAUUCUGGACCGAUUAGGCCUUGCCACAUCAGGGAAGCAUACAGAAGACUGAAGCUUGAAGGGAAGAUACCACGACGAUCUGUUCCUAGGCUCUUCCGUUAGAGAAGCAUCUCUGUUGAUAUCAAUCAGGACAGAGUUGGGUCUUUCUGUCAAACAUGAAAGUAUGAUGCUAGUGGCCAUUCGUUUCCCUUGUAACUGCAAGUAUCAUCUUACAUAUCUUGGGGAAAAAAUGCUGUGUAUAAAGCUAGGGUUAUUAACCCAGUGUACUGUAUGUUGGCCAUCGAACAAAUUGCAUGUACCAUUUGGGUGUAUUUAAAUAUCAUCCAUGUUUGUGGUCCAAAAGAAGCGGUGGUUUGGCUUGCUACA